AUGGCAAGUAUUCCCAAAGAGAAGAUCAACAAUUUGAUCUUGAACUACUUCAUUCAAGAAGGAUAUCAAGAAGCAGCCAUUAGUUUCUCAAAAGAAUUGAAUAUCGAUGUCUAUAAAUCCUUACCCUAUGAUGACAACCAACACCAUCAUCCUAAUCAUCAACAUCAAUCUAACAUAAAUGUCAAUGAUCGAUCGAUUCAAUUCAUUCGCAAUAUGAACUCAUUAAACAAUAAUGAAUUCACUAAUAUGGUUGAACAUUAUUUUGAUGAUCAUGAUCGAUCUCAACCUUUAUCCAAGAAUAAUUCUAAUCAAUAUAAUUUACCUUAUUUUAAAACCAAUCUAACUUCAGGAUACUCUACUAUCAAACAAAGGAAAGAGAUUAAAUUAUUGAUUUUAAAAGGAUCAAUUACUGAAGCCAUUAAAAAAAUAAGUGAAUAUUUCCCUACAAUCUUAGAUACUAAUAAUCUUUUACAUUUUAAAUUAUUACGAUUAAAUUUGAUUGAAAUGAUUAGAGAUCAUAAAUUAAAUGCUAAUUUGAAAGAUAAUGAUGAUGAAAGUAUAUUCCUUAAUAAUAUUUUGGGAUUUGUACGAGAGAAUUUGAUUAAUAAAGUAUCGAAUUCAUUUAAAUUAUUGAAAGAAUUAGAAAUCACUAUGAGUUUAUUAUGUUUUAAUUUCGAUCCCACAUUGAAGAAUAUUGAAGAUCAAAAGGAUUUACCGGAUGAAUUACGAUUAUUAUUUGAUCUAUCAUUACGGAAUCAAUGUUAUAGAUUGGUUAAUAAAUCAAUCUUAAGUCUUUAUAGUAAUAAUAAUAAUAAUACUACUAAUAAUAAUUUGAAUGAUAAUGGUAGUAAUGGAGAUGAUAAUGAAAAUGAAUAUAACUUCAUAAAUCAAGCUGGAGGUGGAAGUAGUUCUCAAGAUGAUACUAAUGCAGGUCAUGGUAUGUUUAAUAAACUGGAAUUAUCGAAUAGUCCUAUUUAUAAAGGACCUAAAUUUAUUGAAUAUGAUUUAAAUAAUUUCAUGUUUAAUGAUGUGGAUGAUGAAGAUGAAGGAGAGGGAGAGGAGGAUGACGAGGAGGAUGAUGACGAGGUAGAUGGUGAAGACUAUGGGGGUGUGGAAGAUAUUGAAUAUAAUAUUGAAUAUGAUAAAACUCUUAGUCAAUUCAUGUCAGCUAAUGAUUUAACUCAAGAUGAUGAUAAUAAUAAUAAUGGGAAUGGAACCAAUAUUAAUCGAGAGAAUAUAGAUGAAGAAUUAAGUAAAUUACAAAGUUUAAGUUUAGAAUCCAAAUUAGAACGAAUCAUCAAAUUAUGGACUAUAACUGAACAACGAUUAUUAGAUUUGAAUAUUAUUAAACAAAAAAGAUAUUCAUUAAAUGAUGAGUUAUAA